GUUUCCUCUCUGUUCCCUUCUUGUGUUGUAUCCUUUGUUUGUGCAGCGGUCCACGAGCCUCCUGGCUUGUCUGGGCAUUACGAGCCCUUAGCUUGUAAUCACCAUCAAGCAACAGUACCAAGCAUCCUUCUGGAGUGGAGCUACACUAAAGUAAAGGGCCCAGCUGGUUACACUAGCUAAAGAGCCAUGCGACUGCAUGGACUGUAACCGUUGUCACAUGAAGCAUGUCAGCCCUAGAAAGCGGCUUCUACCUUCCAUGCACUUUUCUUCCUCAUUCCACAUUCUCAUGGGACAAAAUCCAAAAGAGGGAAUCCAAUUGGAAGAUUCCGCAAUGUGUAGGUGCCGUUCCCGGCAGAUUGCUCAAUGGACGGCUUCCAUCACGUUGGAGCCCUUGGCAGCCAGCAGGGAAAUGGCGCUGGCAGCGAUGGAGUCAGACCAGUACGGAAAGCAGCAGGAGUGGGUUGCCGUACUGUACUCUGGCACGUACUGAUUACCGGGGAGCCCGUUCGCCUGCCGGUGCCGGCGAAGCAGCAGCCGCAGUGAUGACCAGCAGACAGCGGCAGCACAGGAAGCAGGGCACGCAGUAGCAGCCGCAGCAGAGCCCUGCCUUAGCGGCAACCCCUUCAGUAGCAUGUGAGCUCGCGAGCCCCCGGAAAUGUUGCUGCCCACUCCCCCUCAUGGUAGCUGCCCACGCCGCAGCCACUGGUUGCGCCCCUGCAGCCGCUGCAACAGCUGUAGCUGGGCGUACUCCGGGUCAAGUUCAGGCUCUACUGGUCUGGCGAGGCGCGCUCUAUCCGCACCAGCAGCACAGGUUGGGAGCCGGGAGCAAAGCACGACACACUCAGCGAAGUUAACUAUGAAGACAGCAUACCUUCCCAUCACUACGCACAUACUCGUGUGGACCAACGUGGCGGCCGUGCACCACUCCGUGCACCACUCCGCUUCCUCCGUUAUCCUACCCUCAACCCCAGCAGGCCCCAUCGGGCUGCCCCUAUGCUGUCGAAGCGUCCUCCCCGCUUCCCUCCACCUCCGGCGGCUGCCCGGUGCAGUCCCCCUCCUCCGCCUCCCCUUCCGCGGACGGUGGCACUCUCAACCCGCUCAACAACAUCCCCGCCUCGCUGUCCGCCAUGCCUCCCGAGGUCCCCGGCCUCAGCUCGCAGCGGCAGACCUCCAACAUCCCCAUGUCGCCGCCCGAAAAGUUGCCGCCGCACCAGCAGUCGGGGCAGGACUUCUGGGUCUACCCCUCGGAGCAGAUGUUCUUCAACGCCAUGAAGCGCAAGGGUCUCCUGCUGUUCGACCGACACGACUGGAUGGUGGACCGCCGCGGCAAGGGCUGGGACCCGCAGGCUGACGACAUGCGCAGUGUGGUGGCCAUCCACAACUCCGUCAACGAGCGCGCCUGGCGGGAGGUGAUGGCGUGGGAGCGGCUGCACUGCCAGGAGUGCGCGGAGCCGCGACUGAAGCGCUUCCAGGGCCGACCCAGCGACCUAAGCCCCAAGGCGCGACUGCUCAACUUCAUGGGUUUCGGACUGCCCUUCGACCGCCACGACUGGGUGGUGGACCGCUGCGGCAAGGAGGUUCGCUACAUCAUCGACUUCUAUAACGGCGCCCCGCAGCCCGGCCAGCGCGCCGCCGCCGCCUUCUUCCUGGACGUGCGGCCCGCGCUGGACUCGUUCGAGGCGGCCUGGGACCGGGUGCGCAUGCAGCUGUCCUGGGUGACGAGCGGGCGGUGGAGGGACUGAGCGGGGGAGGGAGGGGGGAUAGAGGAAUCAUGCGUUGAGCGGGGGAGAGGGAGGCGAGGGUGGAGGGGCUGAGGAGGAUGAAUGAAGCGGUCGAAGAGGGAUUAGAUAAACUGAGCCGCGGAAACACUGACCCUGACCGUAGGUUACCGGAAAUGGCUUGAGGGUGUUCCAGACGUCGAAGUAUUGGAAUCAGCGUCGUAAAUAGUUGAACGCAGCUAGGAAUGUAGCAGAAGAGGGAGGGAGGGUGAGGUGGGAGGGUGCAUGGAGCAGUGGGGGGAAUUGGUAGGCUGCGAGGCGUGUGAUUGCGGGGUGGCUGCGAGUGCAGGGAGCUCCGUGGCAGGGAUGAUGAUGAGGAGGGGGGGAGUGCAUGGAGGUGAUGGGCCGGCUGUUUGUAAGAACUAAGAUGAAGGGCUUCGUGCGCGGUCGGGCGGUUUCAGUGCCGUCACGUUACCAUGUGGGUCAGGGCUUGGUAUGUCGGGCGUGUGCGACCGCUGGGGCUACGGUGUCCAGGGCGGCGGAUGAAGGAUGGAGGAGUCACACUUUUGUAAAGGAAAGUGUGGAUUUUUUCCGCAAUUGUCGAGCUAUAGCU